CCAAGGCGACGGACGAGAGGAUGCGACUACUCGUGUGGUCGUGUUGUGUUUGACUUUUAGACGACCGUGAGUUGGGCGAUAUGUCAGCGACGCAUGAAACACUCUCGACGAGAUGACGAGAGAUACUCUUUGACCACGGGAAAGACGUCACAGAGGUUGCUAGCGGUUGAUGGUAACGAUGGUAACGUGUCCCGCGGCUGCGGCAGAUCAUCCACCGGCCGGCCAGCAUAGCUGCUCGCCUACCCGCGCCCCUCCCCGCACCUCUGGCCAUGAGCGGCAACAGCACCGCGCGCCUACCCCCUCCCGCGGCCAUCAGCGGCAGCAGCACCGCGCGCCUACCCGCGCCCCUUCCCGCGGCGCCUGCGGCCAUCAGCAGCAGCAGCAGUGUACACUCUGCACGGAGAGCGGAGACCCGUUCGAAGUUUCCCAACCCUAAGAACUGCGUGACGAUUGCGGUGUCCCCACGCGUCCUCUUCAACAUGGAUGUUGAGCGGCUGAUCUACGAGCAGAAGGGGAUGGAGGACUACCUGACCUACCAGGUGGAGCACGAGGCAGAGCCCUUAAAGCCCGGCCCUGCGUACCCCUUCAUCAAGGCUGUGGAAGAGGUUAACAUGCGUCUGAGGGAACUCUAUCCUGACAGUGAGGAGGUGUUCGAUGUCGUCUUGAUGACCAACAACCACGCUAACGUUGGCCUCCGCCUAAUCAACUCCGUCAACCACUACAAUCUGUUCAUAGAGAGGUUCUGUAUGACCGGCGGGAACAGCCCUAUAGGCUACCUGAAGGCGUAUCACACAAACCUCUAUCUGUCAGCUGAUGCCAUCAAGGUUCGGGAGGCUCUGGACGAAGGUAUAGCUGCGGCCACCAUGUUCAGCCUGGAUAAGGUGACGGAGGUCCCGGAGACGGAGCUGCGCGUGGCGUUCGACGGAGACGCUGUCCUCUUCGACGACGAGUCGGAGCGCAUCUUUAAGACGCAGGGCCUGGACAAGUUCUUCGAGCACGAGAGAGCCCUGGCAGACAAACCACUAGAUCAUGGGCCGCUGAAGGGCUUCCUGGAGGCCCUGGGGAAGCUGCAGAAGAAGUUCUAUGCCAAGGGGCAGCGUCUGGAGUGCCCGAUCCGCACCUACCUGGUGACGGCGCGCAGCGCGGCCAGCUCGGGCACGCGGGCCCUCAAGACGCUGCGGUCCUGGGGCCUGGAGAUCGACGAGGCCCUCUUCCUGGCGGGGGCCCCCAAGGGCCCCAUGCUUGAGAAGAUCCGGCCGCACAUCUUCUUCGACGACCAGAUGUUCCACGUGCAGGGCGCCAGCAGGAUGGGCACCGUGGCGGCACACGUGCCCUACGGCAUCGCCCAGAGGUUGCCCCGGAAACCCUCCGUAUGCAACACCUAGUAGCACACACACACACACACUCACACACACACACACACACACACUCACACUCACUCUCA